CAUUAUCACUUUGAAAACUAUACUUUCAAUAAAAGAGUAUAACUAUAAGCUAAUUGAUGGCUAAACUUGCUCGUAACUACCAAGCUUUUGAACCAGCAACAGAAUGGGUUCGAGAUACUGAAUAUGACACCCUCCUUAUUUAUUUACCAGGUUUCAAGAAGGAACAACUAAAGGUUCAAGUAACAUCAAAUCCUAAUCUAAGGAUCUUUGGAGAGCGCUCUCUCGGUGAUAAUAAAUGGAGUCGUUUUUCCAAGGAGUUUCGUAUUCCAUCAAGUUACGACACUAACAAAAUCAGUGCAAACUUUGAAGGCGGAAUACUUAAGAUCAAGCACCCGAAAAUCACCAAACCAGCCACUAAACCACAAGAAAAUGCAAAUUCAUCACUGGCAGAAGCUACGAAUGAUCAACCACAUCAGCGAGCUCAAGAAGUUCCUCCCAAGAUCAAGACUGAAACAAAUGAUGCAUCAUAUAGAAAUGCUGAUAAUUCUCAAAACAUAUCUGAUAAGAAGAAGGAACUGAGAGAUGCCAAUGGAAAGAGUUCUGAUGCUAACAGUACUCCAAGAAAGACUUUAGGCAAUGACAAGAUUGAAGAAUAUGCCGAAUCAGGGAAAAUGGCAAGCAUUGGUAGUAAGCAUGGACUAGUCCAGGAAGCUGGUGUUUGUGGUAACUCUAAACUUGUGCAUCAUAAGCAUGUUUUAGGUGGUUUGGUAAGAGAAAUAAAGAAGCCAAGAAAAUCAACAAAACUGGUUGUGGCAGCUGGUUUAUUAGUUCUGGUUUUUGGGCUGUAUGUUAAAUAUCAGGUCGGAAGUAUCAAAGAACUAGAGGGUGGUCCAAGAAGUAACUAGCUUUUGCAAUGUGUAAAUGCUUAAAAAAUAUUGCAAUAUUUGCAAAUAUAUAAAGUUGAAUAAAGUGUUAGAACAAAACAAAUAGGCAUGCUUUUGUGCUUU